GGCAGUUUCAAGUGGCAGACAUCUCAUAGGUUGCACAAAGAUUUGAAUGUCACUCAAAGCAUUCCCAAAUCAGCUUUCUACUCGUCUCUUGUUUCUUCUGAAGCAUUAAUUGGAUCACACGCUGUAUUUGGAGAGCUCGGGUGGCUCACCCACGAAGGAAAUUUGCUCCAUCUCCAGCAGCAACCACUGCUCCUUUUGAUGUUGUGGUACGCCGUGCGCAUGCGCCUCACAUUAGAAUUACUGCACUGGCCAGAAUAAGUUGGAUCUCUUCUCUUCACUGAAACCCUAAAUCAUAUCAAAAGCUAAAGGGAUGCUGAGAGUCCGGAAGAAGGGUUACUUUGGGAUUUGGUCCUUCCCUUUAAUAAUUGCCGUGGUGUGCGCUCAGAGUGUCAAUGACCCUAGUAAUAUGUCACUGGUAAAAGAGACCGUGGAUAGACUGCUGAAGGGCUAUGACAUUCGCUUGAGGCCAGAUUUUGGAGGUCCCCCAGUGGCCGUUGGCAUGAACAUAGACAUUGCCAGUAUAGAUAUGGUGUCAGAAGUCAAUAUGGACUAUACCUUGACAAUGUACUUUCAGCAAGCAUGGAGAGAUAAGAGGCUGUCGUAUAAUGUAAUACCUCUAAACCUUACUCUGGACAAUAGAGUAGCUGAUCAGCUAUGGGUUCCCGAUACCUAUUUUCUGAAUGACAAGAAGUCAUUUGUACAUGGUGUCACUGUGAAGAACAGAAUGAUCCGUUUGCAUCCAGAUGGAACGGUUCUUUAUGGACUAAGAAUUACAACAACAGCUGCUUGUAUGAUGGACCUACGGAGAUAUCCGCUGGAUGAACAGAAUUGCACUCUGGAGAUUGAGAGCUAUGGCUAUACAACAGAUGACAUUGAAUUUUAUUGGCGAGGGGGUGAUAAUGCAGUCACAGGAGUGACAAAGAUCGAACUGCCGCAGUUCUCCAUUGUAGACUACAAGCUUAUCACCAAGAAUGUUGUUUUCUCUACAGGUGCCUACCCAAGGCUGUCUCUCAGCUUUAAACUUAAGAGAAACAUUGGUUACUUCAUUCUACAGACCUACAUGCCUUCUAUUCUGAUCACUAUCCUGUCCUGGGUUUCCUUCUGGAUUAAUUAUGAUGCUUCAGCUGCAAGAGUUGCUUUAGGAAUCACAACUGUACUUACAAUGACAACAAUUAACACCCAUCUUCGAGAGACUCUUCCCAAAAUUCCAUAUGUGAAAGCCAUUGACAUGUAUCUCAUGGGAUGUUUUGUCUUCGUUUUCAUGGCUCUGCUGGAGUAUGCUUUGGUCAACUACAUCUUCUUUGGCAGGGGACCUCAGCGUCAAAAGAAAGCAGCAGAAAAAGCUGCCAGUGCCAACAAUGAGAAGUUGCGAAUGGACGUCAAUAAGGACAGAAGAAUAAUUGGCACAUAUCAUUGUCCAGAAAUGUAUUCAACAAAGAUGGAUACACAUGAAAAUAUUUUGUUGAGCACACUUGAAAUUAAAAAUGAAAUGGCUGCCUCUGAGGCUGUGAUGGGACUUGGGGACCCUAGGAGCACAAUGCUGGCCUAUGACACUUCAAGCAUCCAGUACCGGAAAGCUGGCUUACCCAGACACAGCUUCGGUCGCAAUGCCCUGGAGCGGCAUGUGGCACAGAAGAAAAGUAGGCUACGGAGACGUGCAUCUCAACUGAAAAUUACCAUCCCUGACUUGACUGAUGUAAAUGCCAUAGAUAGAUGGUCACGCAUAUUCUUCCCUGUUGUUUUUUCCUUCUUCAAUAUUGUCUAUUGGCUUUACUAUGUGAACUAAGAAACAAAGCCACACAGGAAGCAAGAACUGGAUUUCUCUUCAAAUCAGUUGUACAGCCAAAAGUGGGACUUAGAAAAAUUCUAUUCAGGACAAAAAGUAAUUUUAAAACACCUUAGUUGCUGGCCCACUCUCUGAUCUGCCUUUAUAACAUUUUGGUUGUUCCCGCUAAAUCAUAAAUAUGUAAAUUUCAGUAUGGACACCACCCCUUAUCAAACUAUAAGUGCAUUCAAAUGCAAAUGCAAAUUAGAUUCUGAUAAUCAUCUCUGUCUCGCUAUCCCCCGCAAUCUUCUUUUAGUGCUCAUGUAAGUUUAGUGACACAAAUUGCAGGUGUAACAAGUUUCAGUUUUAACAGCAGUAUAUACUUGUGAAACUGUGUACACAAGACAUGUAUCUACACUUAGGAGAGUGUACUGUUAUCAUGCCCAUGAAACACACAGUUUACCUUUUAAAGGUGUAAACUUGAAAACAAGUAGUGCCUAUCAUCUUUCCAAGAUGAUGAUGGUCAGAGGUUUCCCAACCAUAUUCAGGUAUUUCCUGUUUAUUGAAAGAGCUAAACCUUUGACUGAUAAUAUUAGGGUUGGGUGUUUGCACAGAAGCCGAAGCAUAAAGCACUAGUUUUGUUUGGGUUUUAAAGAGAUAACAUAUGCUUGCAGUCUCAAUGACUGCGGUUGUGAUCUGUAGAGGGAUGUAGCAGUGGUAUAAAAAUGAAUCAAGUGAUCAUGUCCUGAAUGGGUAGACAUGCUGUUGUUUUUGUGUUGGGGAAGGGGAAUCAUUUUUCCAAUGUGCCAAAAGUUGGUUGGCCAGAUAAUAAUUCUCUGGGUGGCUGAAGGAAACCAAUGGUGCCCUGGCAUUCUACUGAAAGGUAGAGAACAAUUAAAAAUCAAGCACCAAGAAAAGACAAGGCUACAUAUAUGUAAGAGUGUGUGUGUGUAUUUAUGUCUGUAUACAUAGGUAUAUGAAUGCUCACAGACAUAUAUACACACACACAUACACACUGCAAAUGAAUGUUGUCAGUCAUAGUAUGUACCUUAGUCUGAAAUAUUCAUGUGGGUUUGUGUGAUUUCUUAAAAGUUUGCAGUCUCUUUAAUGUUAUGCUUGUCACUGUCAUUAUGCUUAACACGUAACAUUCAGUUUGAUUAAAGGUAUCAUACCUCUUUCAACAGUAAAUAUCUGAGUGUAUGUACUUCAGUACAAAGAUACUAACAGGGUAUUUUCUCAGUCUGGAGUAGGUAAUGCCAUUUUGCUUUUUGUUUUGUUUUGCUUAAUGUACUAUUUUAAAGGGAAAGAUCUGGUAGCUUUCACUUUAAUAGUUUACUUACACUAUAGCAUCAUAGAGUGGUUUGGGUUGGAAGGGACCUUAAAGAUCACCCAGUUACAACCCCCUGCCAUGGGCAGGGACAUCUCCCAAAAGACCAGGCUACACAAAGCCCCAUCCAGCAUGGCUUUGAGCACUGCCAGGGAUGGGGCAUCCACAGCUUCUCUGGGCAGCCUGUGCCAGUGCCUCACCACCCUUUUGCAAGUUUCCUGCUUUAGGGUGUUUUCCAUUGGACAAACUAGCAAAAUUCAGUUUUUGCUGUAGGUAACUUAAUAUAUUUUUUUUUAUAGAGCUUUAAUUUUAUAGGCGAAAUAGAAUAGACAAAAAUAGAAUUUUAUAGGUUAAAGUGGAGUUUGCCAUUUAGUCCACUGUGGAAACAUUUUCUGAAAUGAAAAAAUUAAACUUUUCCAAGAAUGGUAUAAGAAGUAUAAAUUCCUGAUGGCUUUUAAAAAAUCAGAUCCCUAGUCUUGUUUAACAGAAAAUAUGUAAUGAAGUAAAAGCCACAUGCUAUUGUUUCUAUGCUACCUCUCAUUUGCUUACAUGUUUCUGAAAUAAAUUCCAAUUCCAGUACCUUCCAAAUAGCAAAGGAAUUUUUUCAGGCAGGUAUUAUUUCCCUGUUUAACUUUGGCAAUGCUUUAAAGUAGUUCAUAGGAACACUUUUCAUAAAAUAUGUAUAUAUAUUUUGUUCUUUCUUUAAGAAAGUAAUUUUCUUGCAAAUUAGCAUGUUUGGUUCCUCCCCCCUCCCUCCGCCCCCCCACCCCCACCCCCCCCCAUCAACAGUCAAAACAGUGAUGGGAACGAAACAGUUCUGUGAAAUAAUAGGUGAUUUUCUGACUUUGUUUUGAGCAUGUGGCGUGCUUAUUUCUUUUUCCAAUGGGGAGAGAAUAGUUUUAAGCCUGAAAAGGGAUUUGCUGGGCAUAAACACCAACUGUUGUUCUCAAUGGAGUUAUUUUUUAUGUUCACAUACUACUUACAGAUUUGGACUCUGCGAUAUGUAGGAGUCAAGCUUUCAUCAUAUGAUAAACUUUCCAAGUAAAAAAAAAAUGAUGCUUUUUAGUUCAUACACUUACUUUCUGACUACAUUUCAUGCACUAAGUUGUGUAGACACGUGGAAUUUCAAGUGUUAGGAGUGAAUCAUGUUGGAUUUUUUUCCCAAUUCAAAGAAAAAAUCAAAAGUGCCACAUUACAAUUCAGAAUUUUUCUUCAAAGUCUGUUAUUUAAUAAUGGUACCCAUUAUCAUAAAUAAAAGCCUUCUUAUAGUAUUCUUCUGUAGAAGUUUUUCUUUCAUUUCUUAAAUUGCUACCAACUCUGUGUUUUUUCAUUUUUUAUUUAUUUCACAGAAGCAUAGAUUGAAUACAGAGAGCUGGCAGCCUGCUUGUGAUUGAUACACCUCAAAUGUGAAACCUUACAGAGAAUAUGUUGACUCUCUGCAUUGAUUUACUGAAUGAGCUAAUUAUGAAAGCCACAGAGACUGAAUCCUACAACUGCACAUUAAUUUAUCUGAAGCUAUAGUAUAAGCCAUAAUACUCUCUGAUGUCACUAUUCAGAGCGUGAAAGAAAAUGUUUGGUUUCUGCUCAGGUACCACUAGGACAGAUGUUUUACCUGGGAGGAAGGAGCUCUUUUGCUUUUACUAUGUCCUUCUGGCUAUUAAUGUGAUAUAUAAAAUCAGUGAAAGGGAAAGCUUCUUCCAGAAAAGAAGUGGUUAUCAUUUUUGUACUAAGGCUGAACACUGUGAUACAAAAAGAUGUGGGUAAGGAAGACUGGUGAGGCACUGUCAAGGGAAAAGUAGAACUCAAGGUGAGCACUCACUCCUCUUCUGAUAUACGUGAGUGAAAGCGAGGAAUUAUGUCAACAUACGUGAGGUAUGGGUUUUAAUGGGUGUGCUAUCCUCCAGGUAAACCAGAAGAAAUUUGCUUUUGCUUUAGAACUGGUAGAAAAUCAACAUUCUAGGUCUUACUAAUCCUGUUGAUUGUUGUUAAUUUCAAUAAGCAAAACAUAAAAGUUAAUAAUUUAGAUGAACCUUUUAAUGUAAUUAUAGUUACACAUUUUAUUGUUCUACUAGACAUGAUAGCCAGCAAUUAAGGUGUUUUUCAUCUUUGUGAAAUUCAUGGGCAAAUUAUGACUAUAACAUGGCACAGUUUUAAUGAAAUCUUUGAGAUCAAUCUGUAAAUAUCUACUGUAUAUGACUGCUAUUAAGUAUGAUAAACAUUUUCAGAACUGAAAAUCCAUGCAACAUAUUUCUGUGUUUGCAUAAGGAAUGUUACGUUUCUAUCCUAUUGCAGUUUAAUGACUGGGAAGAAAGACUCAAGCAAUGACAUUGUGAACAUUUAUUUUCCCAUUCCCAGGGGAGGAAAAUGGAUAAGAGUAUGUCACAGAGUUCUUCAGAGAGUUUUUACAUUCUAAUGCAAAGGACAUAAAAUCUGUAAGGUACAAAAGCACAAUGCAUAGAGAAAAUGAGAGGUUGUCUCAUACCUGGGGAGCAAAUCCUACUCAUUUCAGACAAAAUAUGCAUUAAAAUUAAAGUUCAAAUCCUUUUCAUUAAAAUUAUUAGUCAGUUACAAUUCUAUAAUUAACACAGUACUGAACAUAAGACAACAAAUGUUAAACAUUAUCCAACUAUAUGUGCAUAUGGGCAUAUGUCUAAAUGUCUGUAUGGCCAUAUGUGUGUAUAUACACAAAUGAUGAGUGUAUAUAUAUGCACACACAUUCAUAUGUUGGCGUGUUAAAGGAAUAAGCUAAUAAUAGUUUUGUUUCUACCAUCAAUCAGUGUAUGAAUAUAUUUUUGAAAAAAAAAAAAAAAAAGAUUCAUGUAUUUAAAAAAAAAACAACUUACUAUACAGGGUAACUGGGCAUUUCUAUAUCAGCA